AUGCCCAACGAUGGCGUGGUGUAUGCGCUGCUGAGGUUGGACUUUGAGCUGCGAGACCUUGUUGUAGUCAAGUUCCUCACCGUCUGCUGGGUCGGCGAGCACAUCAGCGUCAUGCGCCGAGCGCGCAUCUCGGUCCACCUGUCGUCGGUCGAGGCUCUGUUCGGCUACACCCACCUGACGGUCCGGACUGACCGCGCCGACCUUGCUCCCGAGGACAUCCUGCGCUCGCUCAACAUUUCCAUGGGCUAUGACGUGACCGGCGACAUGUUCGGCCGCCUUGCCAACGUUGUAUACAUGCCCGAGGUGCCGGCCGUCUACGGCGCUGUCGAGUUUACCGACUACGACUCGGUCGAGCAGGGCAAGCGGGCGAUGAUGGCGUCCAAGGCCGCCAUGGAGCAGGCCAUGGCCGACAUGGCCAAGCGCCACGAAGACACCUUUGCCUCGCUCUUCUUCUCCGAAGCAGACGCCAUCGUCUGCCGCUGCAUCUUUCCUCAGUUUCCCACGGCCACAGGCGUCUACGCCGCCGACCGCGUCGUCCUUGCCUCCGACACUCUCCUCGACCUCCUCCGCCUCCUCGCUUCGACCAUUGUGCGCCGUGCCGAGAAUGCCGCCCAAGCCUACGCCGCAGAGGCGAGCUCGGCCGCUGUUCUCGAACGCGACGAGAGCACCGCAACCGGGGCCGCCUCGUCGUCGACCAGCGAGUCGGCUGCGGCACUCGCAGACCUGCAGUCCCGCUUCCUCGACAUGUUCGGUGACCCGUCCGCCGUCCGCAUUGCUGUCUCGGUCGUCGAGCGCAUCGCACCCCGCGAGCACGAAACUCCAAAGUCGGCGCUCGAGUCAGCCGCCUCAGACGCCCAGUGGGAGGCUGCGACGUACGCCCGGCUCAGCACCGAAGACGCGACCCAGGUCCUCGCUCGCUCCAUCGGUUGGGAUACCCAGCUUGGCGCCCUACGCGUCGUCCCCACCUCGCGCGACGAGGACUCGGCUGCCGCCGUCUCAGAGGCAGCGGCUCGGCUCCACACCUACCGCCACCUCAAGAAGAUCCACGCCCACCUCGAGGACGACGCCCUCGUCCUCACCCUCUACUGAGCGUAAAGCCAAAGCCCGCCCCCG